UGGAAGGUUUUCUCACCACAACCUUGCCCUCCCUCCCCCACCUGCACGACCUGUUCCUGCAAUUCCUGACCCCACGUCCAUACCAUCACAUUCUGGCUCAAGGGCUGGUGCUUGCUUUCUGUCGAGCUCUCCGCCAUCCCGCUCCACUGCUCGUUCGCUCGCUCGCCUUGCUCGUUCUUCGCGGUGCGCCAGCAUGUCCACCCAAGCGCCCUCUGGCCGCUCGCAGGCUGUGCCCCCGCCCGGCGGCGAGGCCGCCGGGGGGCGCGCCCCGAGAAGCCCCGCCAGCGACCAGGAGUUUGCGCGCCUGGUGCACGCCCUGCGGCGCGGCACGGGCCGCCGAGGCGCGGCGGCAGGCUCGGCUGUCGAGUACUCGUCCGACUUGCGCUCUUCGUUCGCCCGGGGCGCGCCGCCGUCGGGUUGGCCUUGGUCGCCCGGCCAACCCGGCAGAUCUCGGGGCUCGCGCGGCCACGGGCAGGUUAGCACCCGGGCCACCCUCGUUGGCUGGCUGGUCGACGUGCACGCCGCGCGCCACACGCAACCGGAGACGCUCUUCCUGGCCACCUCGCUGAUCGACCGUUACGUCUCUCUUAGGCAGCCCCCGCUGGGGAGGUUGCAGCUCGCGGGCAUAGUCGCCCUCUCGCUCGCGGCAAAGUUUGAAGAGGACGGCCCGCUGAGCGCCGCGGACAUGCGGGAGCUGACGGACGAGGCGUACGAGAUCGACGAGUUUCAGAGCAUGGAGGUGCACAUGCUCGAUGCGCUGGAGUUCCGCCUCUGUUCCACAACCGCAAUACAUCAUUUAGGCAUUGUGCAUGCAACCGAGCCUUGUCCACAGGAACAGUACUCUCUGGCGCAAUACCUCUUGGAGCUAUCGCUUAUGGACGACACCCUGUCAGCCUGCGCUCCUUCGCGCCUUGCUGCUGCUGCAGUGUUGUUAAGCGCAGCUUUGGUGCGGCGCCAGCCUUUGGAACUUCCAAUGUCGAGUGAAUCUAGCAGGACCAACAUCAGAGGUUGUGCAAGGUUGAUGUACGCGGCGCUUCAACGGGCAGAACAAGACGCCCAUCACACAGUGUUCAAUAAGUUUUCGCAGUCAGCUCACCAGUCUGUUGCUCAGCUGUAUCGCCGCGCUACUGUUACAUUGAGCAGUGUAGUGUUUCAACAAGCUCGAGGUGAGCAUCGUGAGAACCACAGCGCCAACAGGGUUUCUCGUAAGCGUCUGCGAGAUGAGCACAAACUCGAUCAAGAAGAAAGCCAAAGCCAGCAGAGCGCGAGCACUCUCAGCCGCAGGUGCUUGGUAAUGGCACCUUGCUCGGCUGCCUCUGGAGAGAGGUCUGGAGAGAGGUCUGGAGAGAGGUCUGGAAAGAUGCAAGCGCCCGUGUAGCUGAUGCAGGCGUCCGUGUAGCUGAUACAAGCGCCUGCACAGCUGCACUUAGGCAUCUGGCCGUGCUGCGCGUUGGCGGGUGCACGGUCUCGGCGAAUUCGCGUGCGGAGUGACUGCAGGCCUUGUGAGUCCUGGUGGGGCGCGGGGACUCCGAAAUUCUGUCUUCCUGACCGCGCGCACGUCUUCUGCUCCGGUGGGUGGACUAAAAGUGUCCACACAUGUCUCGCCAAGAUCUUGAGUCAUUAGGGUACGUCGGACCA